GGAAGCCUCUGAGAGCUCAGCCUCCAAGGAGCCUCUGCCCGCCCCGGAGAUCCGGGCCACCUGCCGCCACCAUGAGGGUCCUCUACCCGCUGCUGCUGACUCUCGGCCUCCUCUUUGCGCAGCUGGCCACAGGUGUUAACCUGCUUACGGGUCUCGGCCAGAGGUCCGACCACUACAUAUGUGUCAAGAAAGGGGGGACCUGCAACUUCUCCCCCUGUCCGCUCUUCCGCAGGAUCGAAGGCACCUGUUACAGUGGAAAAGCCAAGUGCUGCAUCCGCUGACUCUGGGCUAGAGCAUGGCAGGGGACCCAGGAGCCAAGUGAAGUACUUGUUCCUGUUGUCUGAAUAAAAGAAGGUUUUCAGGAGGCAUACGUCCUUCAGACCCGAACGAGUCUUGUGUCUCCUUUUAGAAGAGGUUCAGAAGGUAUGAAGGUCAGAAGGGCAGACAGGCUGGCCCCCGAAGCCUGUCCAGGAUGGGACUGGGGGGUGCUGACCACGCUGUGACCCGUUUCCCUGGCACUGUGUUUCAUCACCAGCUCUACACCUGAGGGACGCAGGGGGUCCACGUGAGACUCAGGACGCCUGAUGACGAGACGACACAGCUUCAGGCCUCCCUGUGUCCCAGCGGAAGUUCACCCCCGAUUCCGCGGUCUCAGCUGCCUGCCCCUCUGCAGAGGCCACAACCGCUGCCCCUUCUCCUCCCCGGGCCGGGGGCAGUGGGUUGUGGGUUGGUUAACCCCUCAGCACCUGGGAACCUUCGCUGGGACCGUAAAGCUAUUCCUAUUUCACUCUGUAGGCCUAAUAGUAGGGUUCCCGGGUGACCAUUCUCCACUCCAGCACAAUCCCACGGUCCGUUUACACGUCACUUAGGAAAACAUCCUGUACGACCACUACCCCUGCCUUUCAUCAUUUGUGCACCAUCAGGCCUGUAGACACCCACUGAUGGGGAAUGAGAGAGCUGCCUUCCCUUUUCUCCAAUAAAUUUCUUACAACUCCUGAUGAAACGCGUGCUUCUCUCCUCUCCUUCAUCAGGCAACAGCAAUUCCACAUUCCACUUUGAUAAUUUACAAGCACAAAUAAAAAUCAAACAUUAUAAAAACUUUGGGGGACUUCCCUAGCGGUCCAGUGGUUGGGACUCCCUGCUUUCACUGCCCCAGGCCCAGGUUCAAUCCCUGGUCAAGGAACUAAGAUCCUGCAAGCCACGCGGCACAGCCCGCCCCCC